AGCAUGAGCUUGUGUUGGCUCCAAAGAGUAUCUCCUUCAUUCUCUCAGGCAUCAGGUUAGAACUCGAUACAGGACAUGGCUCGACACCACUUCCUUUGCUGUCUUCCUAUCCGGCUUGGAGCCUUUGUGAUAUCGUUGCUGACAAUGGCUUACUCUGGAUUCCUAACCUUCAUCUCCAUCUGCGUUAUCAUCGAUGUUCGUAAAGGUCUGGUUUCGACAGGACAGACGCGAGGCAUGACGACAGGGAUAGAAAUUAUGUUUGGUGUCUUAGCAGUCUCCUAUGGUUUGCUAUUCAUGUCGGCUCUGUUCGGGCUCAUUGGUGUUCUUAGUCAUCGAAUUAGUUGGAUCCACACCUUUAAUAGCUUCAUGAAGACCAUACUGUUCCUGAACCUCUCCGCGGGAGUCACUGCGAUUGUGCUGUUUGCAAUUGACAAGAAGAAUAUAUGCGUCAAUGGCAAUAGCUCGUCAAAUGCAAACUCGUGCCCAAGUUUUCUUGGGACUGCUUCAAGAGAUUUGAUUAUAGUUAUCGCAUCUUUGAUUCUAGCAGUUGUCCUACUCUUGCAAGGAUAUGGUAUUUGGAUUGUAUCAGAUUGCAUUGAUGAUCUUGAAACUAAACAAGUGGCGGAAUAUCCCUUUGCUACGCGAUAUGCUGGCGUCGCUCCAGUGCCUCCGUCCGAAGACAGCAUUCCUUUGACAAACGGGAAGGGAUAUUAGCCUCAAUCAGAACAGGAUCUUACAUUUAUUAUCAUCGCCGCCUUCUCCAUUGAAGUAUAUACAUCGUGAUGCUUUACAAAGUUAUCUUCAAUGGAAUGCUUCCGUUCGAU